UUUUGAGCGUGUGUAUUUUAUGCUCUCUCGAGUUUUGCGCGGUGAGAGCGAUGUCAAACAAAAAUUAAAAACCCUCCUUGCACAAACGGUCGCAGAAAUCGUUUUUGCAAAGUGAAAAUACGGAAAAGACCAAUAAAAUUGCAUUAUUAUUAAGGUUUCUUUUCUUGAAGAGCAAGUGAAUUUCUGAUAAGUCGUUGAUUUUGGUUGGUGUAAUGAGAAAAGGUUAAAACAAUUGAAAAAAUGAACGAAAUUCUAUCAUGUGCCAAGAACACGCAACUGCAUUCGUUCCCGUCGUUGGAAGUGCUCGGAAUUGGCGCCCAUGCCAACGAUGGCAAGGACAGUAACGAAAGUGUUUGUCAGUUUUUCCCCCGUACAAAGCUCUUCCUGCGAACCAAUCGGAACUGGGGUCUCGAACUAAUGCGCAUAAAGGAUGUCGAAGGAAAACCAACAAUGUCCCACGUACAGAAACGUCCAAUUGACAAUCUGUACUGUGUGGCGUGCCCGAAAACUGGCUUAGAAGAAGUGGCGAUCGGUAUGACGUCCGGAUCGAUCCGACUGAUGAAUAUCAAAAACACAUCAGCCGGGUUAAAGCGGUUGGACACGGAUCGUCUAACCAAUGGGGUUAUUUUCAUGGAUUUUAGUGCUUCCGAUGAUUUUUUGGCGGCCGUAUACGAAAAUGGAACCGUGAACUUAUAUGGGACCAAAACCAAUAGCCGUGUUGGAUCGAUGACUUUUGACAAACACACAACCAAGGUUCGAUUCCAUCCUCUUAAAAGGUUCCUGCUAUCGGUAGCCUCGUACAAAGGUUCCGUAAUGCUCUACGAUACCCAGUCCAAAAAAAUUGUGUUCAAUCAAACGGAGGCACACACGGAGCCCUGCCGGGAUAUCGCAAUGACUGCUACUAAUUCCGACCUUUUGUUCACCGUCGGUUACGAUAAUCUGAUCAACAUCUACGACACGCGCAAGAAGCAAUCUUCCACCCAAAUUCGUUCCAACUAUCCGUUCGAAUCGCUGGACGUUUCGGAUUGUGGUGGUUAUUUCGCAGUGGGUAACCUUAAGGGCCAAAUUUACUGCUACGAUAUUCGGAACUUAGCGGAGCCGCUGAAAACCGCCAAAAUUCAUGACAGUAGAGUGAAUAGCAUUUCCUUCGUCCCAAAAUCCGUAGAAAAGGGAGGACAUCGUGUAAGUUUCGAUCCGAGGCAAGUUCCUAGUACCGCGGAGGUGACGGUUGCUGGGAAUAUCACAUCGACCACCACCGUGGUAGGAGAGCCGCCAUCUUUAACGAAACCCGAUCGCGACAGCUUCAUGAAUGAUAUUGAUGCCUUCAUGCAGAAACGAGAAUCGAUCGACUGCCUGGCAAGACUCAGCACGUCAUCGCGGAUGAGUACAGAGUCUCGCGGAAGCCUCAACAUGGGUGGUAACAAUUUGAUGGGCUAUUUGGAUGAUAUCUCAGAUAGUAACUUUGAUCCGGAUCAACUGGAUGGUUGCCAAGCGGAUGAAAGUUUCGUAAAUGUUAAUCGACUCAUCAAGAGAACUGCUGGAGUCAAGAAACAACCGUCAGUUGAUCGUACACACAAAUCUGCCAUUAAUCUGGAAAACAUACGAGAAGAAUCGGAUAUGGACAACACUCGUGCCUUAACGGAAAUUCAAGCUGAUUCUAAUUUAGAACCUCAACAAAGACCUGGUAGCGCUGGGAGUACAAAAAGAACUUCCAUUCGGCGCUCUGUUGACACAGAAAAUAAGGAGAAUCACGCCACUUCAUUGGACAAUACGAAUUCUAGUUAUGAACCUGCGGUCAAAACACCUUCAGACACUAGCGCACAUGGGGAGGAAAUGUCGACAUCCGUACAAGCCGCCUUCCGGGAGCUGAAGCUGGAGAUUUCAAAUUUGCGCCAUGAGUUGCGAGAGGAGAUGAAGGAUCACUUCUUUCAGAACCAGGUGGAUCGAAAGUAUACGGCAAUGGCAACGCGCAGUCAAAUUUGGAUGGGUUCGUUCAACCUGUGGAAGGAAUCGCAGAAACAGCUGGAAAGGAUCGAUGAGGUUACACAGACCGGAUUCGGAUUGCUGCUGACGAACGACGAGUUCACGCAACAGUUUAUGCGUCUUCAGAGAGAGAACGAAGAACUGAAAAGACGGAUUUCCGAAAUGGAGAAGGGUGGGGCUAAAAAAUAGUUGUUCUGUAAAUGAGAAGACAUUUUAGAAUACUGCAUUUAAAUUACGUUAUUGUUGAAGUAAAAGAAGUGUGAAUCAUAUGUGAGUGAAGAAGAAUCAUGCACACAAGCAGACAAUUUGAAAAGUCCGAACGAAAACAUUGCUUUAUAAAAUAUACAUUUUUUAAAAACA